GGGAGGGAAGGCUGCUGAAAGAAAGUUACAGAAGUGUAGCACCACUGACUUACUGCAGAGCUAAAUCUAUUACAAGUUUAUUUCUGACAGUCUCCUGUACCUUCCACCCUGUCACACAGACUGUACCCACCAUGCUCUCCUGGUGACCGGCUGGUUUACAUCCAGCAGCAAAUGUGUUCAGUCUGCGGGCUGCCUAUGGAGAUUGGAUUGCUGGAUGGGAAACAGAUGACCCUCUCUUGCUGGAAUACUGUAUAUGCACCAAUCCUUUGCCUAAGGGUGCCACUGCACCGGGAGAGACACAGAUCCCUCCACAGGUUAUUGUGUGGCAGCACAGUCCGAAAUGGACAGGAGGAAACAUGGGACAGAUUGCAUGUGUGACUGCUCUGGGGGAAUUGCCAAAAACUCCCAGAUGCUGCGAGUUAAUGUCUCUCAGAGGGCUGUACAGCUGGGAGGUGUAGCGGAGCCUGGAGUAGCAGCCCCCUUGCCCUGAGAUGUGUCUGCAGAGAAAGCUGUGCAUUUGCUGGGCUCGGGAUGGGACACCUUCCCCUUACAAUGCCCUGUAAUAGGAGAGAGGUGCCAGCACAUACUCAGAGCAGGCAACAGACACAGUGACUCACCUAAACUUAUCCAGCAGCAGCAGCUCCUGGUGGGGGUGGGGUGGAACUUGAAGAAGCCUGCAAACUGGAUGGACAGAGCAAUGACCACAGGACAGCACAUGGCUACACCGGUAUGUUGGACUGACCCCUGAUGUACCUCUGAAUAGUGCUGGCUGACUGUAUGAAAAUGCUGGUGCUGGGGGCACUGGCUGCAUUCUCUAUGGUGAGCAUCAUGACCUAUGGGUACCUGUGCUGGGACAAAGGUGAGCCAAGUCUGGAAAACCACCAGUCCCUCCUGUAUGAAGAUCUGGAUGAGCUACGAGGAGUGGGGCACCAGCCCCACAUUAUAUUCAUACUGGCUGAUGAUCAGGGAUACCGAGACAUUGGGUACCACGGUUCUGAGAUCAGGACACCUACACUGGAUAAAUUAGCUUCGGAGGGAGUAAAGCUGGAGAACUACUACGUGCAGCCGAUCUGCUCACCGUCCCGGAGCCAGUUUAUUACUGGGAAAUACCAAAUACACACAGGUCUCCAGCAUUCUAUAAUACGACCAUCACAACCCAACUGUUUACCAUUGGACAAUCUGACUUUGCCACAGAAACUAAAACAUGUUGGAUAUGCAACGCACAUGGUCGGAAAAUGGCACCUGGGGUUUUAUCGUAAGGAAUGCAUGCCGACGCAUAGAGGAUUUGAUUCUUUUUUUGGGUCACUUUUGGGCAGUGGAGAUUACUAUAAUCAUUACAAGUGUGACAGCCCCGGUACUUGUGGUUAUGACUUGUAUGAAAAUGAUAAUGCAGCAUGGGAUCAUGACCAUGGUAUUUAUUCUACAGAAAUGUACACCCAAAGAGUCCAAAAACUUUUAGCCAACCAUAAUCCCAAGACACCUAUAUUCCUUUAUAUUGCUUAUCAGGCAGUACAUUCUCCUUUACAAGCUCCCGGAAGUUAUUUGGAAAACUAUAAAUCAAUUACCAAUGUUAAUCGGCGGAGAUAUGCUGCCAUGUUGUCAUGCUUGGAUGAUGCUGUUUACAAUAUUACUACCGCUUUACAAAAAUAUAACUUCUAUGAAAAUAGUGUUAUCAUUUAUUCUUCAGACAAUGGCGGUCAACCAAUGGCAGGAGGUAACAACUGGCCUCUGCGUGGAAGCAAAGGGACGUAUUGGGAAGGAGGCAUCCGUUCUGUUGGUUUUAUUCAUAGCCCAUUACUUAAAAACAAGGGUGUUGUGUGUAAAGAACUUAUACAUAUAACAGACUGGUUUCCAACAUUAGUGACUUUGGCUGGUGGAGAACUAGAUGAAGAUAUGAAAUUAGAUGGUUAUGACAUAUGGGAGACAGUAAGUGAAGGAAAACGUUCUCCAAGGAUGGACAUCUUACACAAUAUAGAUCCUAUGUAUACCAAGGCAAGAAAUGGUUCUUGGGCAGCUGGCUUUGGCAUUUGGAAUACUGCUAUUCAGUCAGCAAUUAGGGUGAACCACUGGAAAUUGCUCACAGGAAAUCCUGGUUAUGGUGAUUGGGUGCCUCCUCAAAGUUUUAGCAACAUUGGAUUAAAUCGUUGGCACAGUGAACGAGUCUCAAAUGGAAAAUCUUUGUGGCUUUUUAAUAUUACAGCUGACCCAUAUGAAAGAGUUGAUCUGUCUGAAAGGUAUCCAGAUGUGGUAAAACAGUUGCUUAGGAGACUUGCACAGUACAACAAAUCAGCAGUUCCAGUGCGAUAUCCCCCAAAGGAUCCGAGAAGUAACCCUAAACUCAAUGGGGGAGUAUGGGGUCCAUGGUACAAGGAAAGUAAUAAAAAGAAAAAGACAAACCAAAAAAAAUCGAAGAAAAAUAAAAUAAAGAAGAACCCAAGUCAUCGGAAACAGCAGUUUUCUGGCUGUCACCCUCCUCCCAACAAUUCUUAAAAAGUGACUGCAGCUCAGUUAAUAUGUAGUUAGGCACAGUCAUGCGUUCUGCACAACAUGCUGUACACUGGUUUGCUGCAAUUUCAUAUUCAGCAGCAGCACACAUUCUGCAGUGAGACUUUUAAGAACUAUAGGGCCUAAUACAGCUUCAUAUGUAGUUUUUCAAAAAAUCGCAAAACUACAACUCUUUUCUUUAACAUGUGCGGGGCCGCCCAGCACAGGGAAGGGCCGCCCUGCAUGCUGGGUCCUGCCCUGCCCCCACCCCCCCACUAACAUGCAAGCACAUCGCUAUAUAGAGAUGCGCUCACAUGAUUAAGGUAGCCUCCUGCCUACGCAGCCUAGCUGGGUAGGCAGUCGGAGGGCUGCCAUCUUUUGGGUUGCAGUGGCUGUUUGUGAUAUCACGCAGCCACCACAACCCGACACCCAACAGUCCGGACACGCUUCCAUUGUCCGGACUGUGCCCCUUAAACGGAGUUUAGACACCCACAAAAUGCAGUGUCGAUGACUCGUUCCAACCCCCCUCCAGGUCUUACACUGCAGUUGCCUGCGAUCACAAUUUAGGACAUUGCUCAUGUGCAGAAGUGCUGAAAUCACCAAUUAGCAAUUUUUGCAACUGAAUCCCGAUGCUCAAAAUACUGAUGGAUCACGCUGGUAAGUAUUUGGGUUAGGUUUAGGCACUAGGGGGAAGGUUAUGAUUAGGCUGCAGGAGGGGACAGUUAGGGUUAGGCUGUGGAAGGGGACAGUUGGGGUUAGGCUGUGGGAGGGGUGGGUUAAGGUGCCCAUAUACUAGACGACCUGUAAAUGAUCCUCAUUAACGAUUUCCCUUGAACUUCCCCGGCAGUUCCCUGGCAGUCCUGGGCAAACGAUAUAGUACAAUACACAUGAUAUAUCUUUAGAUCUGGGAGUGGCUACAUCCUGGAGCAUGCUAUCGUUGACAAUAGCUUCAGAUCUUCCCUGCGGCAGGGAAGAUCAGAAGCAAUAACAAACAACCAGCGGGACUGCGCAUUGUGAUCAUUAGCAUUCAUAAACACUGAUCGAUCUGCACUAUUAUGAACGAUUUGUAGUUCCGAUCCAUCAGAAAUGGCAAAAUCUCUCAUAAUAUCGUCUAGUGUAUGGGCACUUUAAGAGUUAGGAUUAGGGUUAGGUUUACAAUACUUACCAAAAUCUGGAUUUUGAACAUCAGGAUGCUGAGUGCCAGGAUAUCAUACCCAACCCACUUUCACAUGCUAUAAAAAUAUUGGUGCCGUAGAGGUCAUUACCAUUGUACUUCAUUACUGUAUGCAUUACUGGUGGACACUUUAAGGAUUCACUCCUCAUGUAAUCCAUUGUAGGAUAUUAAACUAUUAUUAAGCCUGUGGUUUAACAGAUACACAUUGGCUUUGGCAAACAUUAAGUGUUGGUCUGUUAAUUACUGUAGUAUAUUUCCAGAAGCUACACAAUUGGAUAAAUGUAAUGGCAUUAAUUCUACCUAAAAUUACAUUUUAAAAAUAUUUCAAAGGCCAUAACUUAUAUAAUCACCAUCUAGCUGUCCCCAAAGUCGUCAGAUGCCCAGGGAUACUUUUGCUUGCUUUAACAGGCAAGGCCAGAUUAAGAUCCACAUGGGCCUGGGGCUGUAAAUAUUCAAGGGCCUAUACUGAGAAAGGGAGGCGCUGUAACCAGUGCUGUGUGGGUGUGGCCAGAGCCAUGUUGGUAUGUACUACCCUACACUAUCAGCCCCACUGUCUCCAUAAAUACAUUAAAUAUAAAUAUUGCAUAAUUGUGUAAGAAAACUAGACAUACAAUUUUAGUACUUAUGAUUUAUGGUCAACUGUGUGGCCAACUAUGCAGCUACUCAUCAUCAUGCUGCCAUGAUGAUAGGCUUAUUUUUAUGUGGAGGCCUGAAGCUGUAGGUCCAUCUGCUCCAUUGCUAAUCUGGCCAUGGUAGCAGGUAACACAUUGAACCUAAUUCAGAUGUGGUUGUUAAUGCUUCUGCUGUUGCUAUCGUUUGCCGUAUGCAAUUGCAAUUAUAUACAGUAUGGGAAGAUGCUUACGUGAUCAUAGGCACGCCACUGCUAUUGCAUCAUUUCCGUCUGACAGCGUAUAAUUGCUGAUACAUUGGUACCAUCAUUGCAAAUUGGAAUAUGUUGAAUGGUCUAAGCAGGGGCAUUUUAAGAGAGGAGGGGGCCCAUGAGCAGAAUUAGGGUGGGCCCCCUUCUCUCCACUGUGCCCAGAAAAUGCCAUAUUAACGGCCAUGACAAGUUUGUGAUUACCCGACCACUCCCCGUUACCACCCCCAAAUGCUCUCUUCCUAUCACUUUGCGACUAAUUCAGUGCACCCACCAUCACAAUUCACUUGCUGCAUGUAGGCACUGUGGCUCAGAUGCAUGCACAGUAAGAAAACAUUGACCAAUUUGUGUACAAUAGCCGCUCUGUGACCGCAUCUGAAUUAGGUCCAUUGUCAAAGAACACCACACAGCAAGUAUAUGUGUUGGCAUGGGGCCUAAUUCAGAGUUGAUCGCAGCAGCAAAUUUAUUAGCAGUUGGGCAAAACCAUGGGCCUAAUUCUGAGUUGAUCGCAGCAGCAAAUUUGUUAGCAGUUGGGCAAAA